GAAAACAUUCAAUUUCUUAUUCAGAGACAUGGAUAGGAAUGACUUGGAACAACUGUUUAGUGAAAACUGUGAACCAGUCUCACUUGUCAACCAUGUUUUAAAGGAAUGUUCAGCUAGUCUUCCAGAAGACCUUGAAAAGUAUUGCAGUGAAUUGUCUUUCAAACUUGAAAGCAUCGCACAGCAGGAGACUCAAAAAGUAAACUUGGAGUUGGGCGAAUUCAAAAAGAAUGUUUCCAACUUCAUUCGUGGUAGUGGACAAGUGCAAGCGUUAGUUACUACUUUAGAAGAGGAACUGAAGCGUUUACAAGAACAGCUUUCUUAUUCUUUCGAGGAGGAAAAGGUGCACGGUUUACAAACGCUUAUUCAGGCAGACCGAAUAUUAAGCAAAUUAGAAGAAACCUUGACUCUCUUACGUCACGCUAAAGAAGUUCAAGACAUUACAGAUCGUCUGGACUCGUGGCGAAAGUCAGUAGAUUGGGAAGCACUAGGAAAUGCAGUUCGCUUAUUCAAAUCUAGUUUGAGCCACUUAAAAGACGUACCACAAUACAAUGAAUUGCAAGAUCAUUUGCAAGUCAUGACAAACCGUUUCCAGGAGCUGAUUAGACCUCAACUCUAUGAAUACUUGUCAAAUAAGGAUUCUGUCUCUCUUCGAAACGUUUGGGCAUGUUGUGAGGAAACCAAUCAAAAGAAUAUUUUUAUAGAUGUAUGGGUUUCAGAGAGAUCUUCGUUUAUUCAAAAAUUGUGGAGUAAUUGUUGGAAAAGUGCACUUCCAGUAUUCACUAACCAACAGGAGAUGAAAGGAAACUAUUUGAAUCAUUUGCAAGUUUGUUUAGAUGUACAUGUUCCGGAGUCUUUUGAUAUACUCAAAUCCUUUUAUGAACAAGUUGUUACGGAUAUGUCACAACAAAUUUCUUUCAUCUCUCCUGUCAUUUCCCAACCAUUAGGUAACUUGAUAACUGCAAGUGUGACGAUGGCAUUUUCUUCUUUGGAACCACCUUUGGCAGAUUCAUAUCAGGUCAAACAAGAUUUAGAGAUAGAUUGGUUGGCAGAUUGGUCUUCAGUUUUUGAAUUUUAUCACAAUGUCAUGAAGGAAUGUUUGUUGUUUACUCAAAAGAUAGCAUCUUUGGCAUAUUAUCAUCAAAGUUCACCUUUUGAUGUUCAAGGUGCCAUUUCGGCUGUUAUGGAUCCUGCCAUAAAAUACAUAAAGGAUUUUAGGUCUUUAAUGGAUUCUGUUUGGUGUGCUUGGUGUCGAGCUCUCCUUGAGAAACAAAAUGUAAAUUACUUGAAGCAGGCAAAUGCAGUACAAGAUGCUUAUUCUCGUAUUUCUUUGUUGUCUCGAAGUGUGGAUCAUGACUUGUUCGAUUUUCAUGUGAUGGAUUCUUUGAUCAAUUUAUGCCGCCAAUGGAUUCUUGGAAGUCAAUUGUCUAGUAUUUCUAUACUAUAUUUAAGGUUUGGAAGAAUGGUUGGUGAUUAUAUUUUGGAAAAGAUGUCUUUGGAAAAGAGUGGUUGUGUUGACUACUUUGCAAAUAUGGAGAAUAAUUGGAAUCCCAUUAGAUAUAUAUUUCGAUUGGCAGUUUCAGUUUGUAGACUUCAGAACAGUUGUUGGAGACUGGUUUGUGAAGGUCUGAACUCAUGUCUCAUUGCAAUACAACCUAUUAUGGAUCGUUAUUGCUCUUUAUCGGAUUCGAGUCAUGCAUCAAGUCUUCUGGAAAUUUUAGUUUACGAAUUUAUCGAAACAAAGUCGAUAGAUAUACAUGAGUUCGUAAUAAGUUGGUUGAUCAUAACAGACAAGAAAGCAUUGGAUUGCAUUCAAUUUGAUUCUGCCAAGGGACCUUUGGGUUUAGCCAUUCAUGAAUUUGUAAAUGAUCCCUUUGAAGAGACUUUAUUUUCUUUGCGCAAGACUUUAUUGGAAAUGAUAUUUUACAGGAUUCAAUUAAAUUUGGACAAAUUAUCCGAACUAGUCAUGGAUACGGAAGAACAAAGAUUCUCCGAAGAAGAACUGGAUUCAGCUUCCUCUACUGGUUUAUUUGGAUUGUCUCCCCAAACUUGUAUCGUUCAAACUGGUGAGUUUCUUCUCGUAAUACCUCAAAUGUUAGAGGCUUUGGCACCUGAAGAAACUUUGGAGUUGGCCUUGUGUUUACCAAGAAGUUUUGAGAAGAAUGACGUGGUCGACAUCAUGAAGAAUGGACCUGAUUGUCAAAGUCUUGAUAGAAGUGAAUUUGUGAGACAAUGGCUUUCCGUCAUUGGUCAUUGGACUAUGAGUUAUGUGGUUGAAAGAAUCAUUACUGAUACGAAGUCUAAAUUGACUGAAUAUGAAUGUAAACAAUUAAGUACUGAUAUAGAAUACUUGAAAAACAUAAUCGCUGCUUUGGGAAUCCCAGUCUUGAAGCAACUUCAAGUUGUUUAUGAACUACUACUAUCAUCGGAAACCCAACACAGUGACUUGGACGUUGAUGAACAGAAUGAAGUGGAUUGUGUUUUUUCGAUACAAAACAAAUUUGACUUGGGUCGACCACUUCUUCGGAGGCUGCAAAGUGUGGACGAGAUAAAGCAAGCUUUGGCAACCAAGAAACUAUCACAUGCUGAAAUUUCUCAUUCAUGAGAAAAGGAGUCUUUUCCAUAAAGAAACAUAAUGUUAU